AUGGACGUUUCGUUAGCGGAACAAAAUAUCAGAAACCAAGUUUUUGAGAACAUUCACAAUAUCUUAAGCAACAAUGUCGAUAAUUCAGAGGCUUUGGAAUUCUUACUAUUACCACCGGGUUUGAAAAGACCUUUAUCACGUGAGGAAGUGCAUCAAGAACUCAAGGAACGAUUUCUGACACCGGGCACAUCAUUUCCCGUUUCUUGGCUUUCCAAAUCUUGGGAACGGGAUCCAGAUUUCGCAUCACUUGCUUCCCUAGAGCCUUCCAAGUCACGAGUUUCAAUAGAAAUUCUGCGAGAAAGACGGGACGGAACGAUAACUGGUUACAAAGAGGCAGGCUAUUUGUCUACUGUAGUGGUCGGGGAAUCUAAACUGACUCCUCAGAAUUCAACAUCAUUUUUGCGCGAACCAGGCAGCCGAAGUGACUUUGUGAGAGGAAAAUCGAACCAUUUUCCCUUUGCACCCGGCGGUUUGGAAUCAGAAGUGUUGCUUGACAGGGAAGAUCAAACAUUGAAAGAUAUAGAUGAAGCCUUAAAUUUUGAUGAAGAUGAAAUUUUGUCGAUACCACCAGGGUUUGAACGUGGCUUGAUUUUUGAAGGUAUUAUGGAAGCUCACUAUCAUUUCUUUCCCUUCUUUUUCGGUAAAACCUCACUCUCCUUUAUCAUAUUAGAUGAGGAAGGUCAAGGAAAAGCAAGGCAGAGUAAAGCGAUGGCUGAGUUGAAUAUAACAGACAUGAUUGUCCAUGACGACAGCGAGCUUACCGAAUUAUUAGAAAUCGAUAAUUCCAACACAAAGGAGCAAUAUUCCGAGCAUGAGUCAGUUGAUGAGGAAGUGGGGGAAAACCUGGAAAACGCGCAGCCUUCCAAAGAUGAAAUGGAAGAAGCAGUUGACAACCUAUUGUCAAUUCCGCUACCUUCCCUUGAAAGCGUAAAUGUGACCAGCAAGUUCACCGAUGAUAGCCAGAAAAGAGAUUGGGCUCAUAGUAUUGAUAUAGAUGCCGAUAUUUCGGAUUUUAGAGAAUUGGUGCCCGUGAUGGCUCGCGAGUAUAGCUUUAAAUUAGAUCCUUUCCAAAAACAUGCCAUAUAUCAUAUUGAGAAAGGCGACUCUGUUUUCGUAGCUGCUCACACGUCUGCAGGAAAAACGGCGGUAGCCGAAUACGCCAUUGCUUUAUCAGUUAAGCAUCAGACACGGGCAAUUUACACAUCACCAAUCAAGGCUCUAUCUAAUCAAAAAUUUAAGGAUUUCAAGGAGGAGUUUAAUGACGUCGGUAUUCUUACCGGUGAUAUACAGAUAAAUCCUGAAGCUUCGUGUUUGAUAAUGACCACGGAAAUUCUAAGGUCAAUGUUGUACAGGGGGGCUGACAUAAUAAGGGACGUCGAGUUUGUGAUAUUUGACGAGGUUCACUAUGUUAAUAACCAGGAGCGUGGUGUGGUCUGGGAGGAAGUCAUAAUCUUGCUUCCCGAGAAUGUCAAGCUUAUUCUCUUAUCAGCCACCGUCCCGAAUACCAAGGAGUUUGCUGAUUGGAUUGGUCGAACAAAGAAAAAAGAUAUCUACGUAGUUAGUACGCCUAAACGCCCCGUACCCCUAGAACAUUACUUAUACGCGAAUAAGGAAAUUUAUAGAAUAGUCGACGAAAGGAAGAAUUUUUUGAACACGGGUUGGAGGCAAGCAAAUGACGCCCUAAAAAAGACCAGCAGUGAAUCAAAGACGCGAACCAGAGGCCGUCAACCUUUUCAGGGGAUCUCGGCCCAGGAAAUCACUCAACUGAUUGGUCUAUUAGAAAAGAGAGAAUAUCUUCCGGUGAUCUGCUUUACCUUCUCUAAAAGAAAGUGUGAAGAGUAUGCGCGGGGAAUAAAAGAUUUGAGCGACAAGGAAGAAAAAAAAAAGAUUCAAGGGUUCAUUAGGGGCAGCUUAACGCGACUGCAAGGAAUUGCCACAGAUAAUAAAUAUCUGCAGUUUGUUGAUGAAAGGGGUCGCCGUGCAUCAUGGAGGAUUGCUUCCGACCGUGAAAGAGGUGAAUAUACGCAAAUGGCUGGUCGUGCUGGUCGUAGAAACACCGAUAAGACCGGAAUUGUGAUUAUAGCCUGUUCCGGAGAUAAGGCACCUGAGGCAACGAAUCUCAAUAAUAUGAUUUUGGGUAAACCGGAAAAAUUGAAGUCUCAAUUUCGCCUGACCUAUAAUAUGAUUCUUAAUUUGAUACGAGCCGAAGCAUUGAAUGUUGAGGAGAUGAUUGAACGUAGCUUUUUUGAAAACAAAAACCAAAAAAUGUUGCCGGAACAUCAGAAAAAGUACGACGAGGCCGAAGAAACCCUCAGCAAAUUUCAAAAACUUGUUUGCACAACAUGUGAACCGGAUAUAAAUGACUAUUAUUAUACGUCGGCGGAAAUCAAGCAAUUGAAUCGCGAGCUAUUAGAGAGAGUGGUGAACUUUCCGCGUGGACGUAGUUUAUUGAACACGGGGCGAAUAGUGAUCGUCAAUAAUAGGAGUUACAGAGGUGUUGCGGCAGUGAUGUUGGACAGCCCGACGAACAAAUUGUUUAAAGUUGUUAUGUUUGUCGAUACGAAUGCAUCUGAAAAGGAACGAGGUAAAAGUGCAUUUCAAUUUAUCUGUUCGCAUCAGAUUAUUUUAUUAAACGAAUACGCGGUAAAUUAUCCUCAAGACUUUUCUGAGGUGGAAAUUCCAGUUUCUAUCACCAAGGUUUCAGUUCCGGAUCCGAGCGUGUGCGUGCCUAGAAUCGUUUUUCUUUCCCAUUCCGAUAUUUCGUUGGUGACCAGGUCCACUGUUAAACUAGAUGUUUCUAAAAUCGAACGACAAGAUCCCCUCGAAAUAUCAAAGUUAAAUCAAGAGUUACUGCAAUACGUAUCGGAAACCCAAACCGAGGGGAUCAAUGAAGUCGAUUGGUCGAAAAUAAAAGACCUCGAAUUUCAACUCGCCUGGCAAACGAAAGACAAUCUCACAAGACACUUGAAAGAUUUAAAAUGCACGAUUUGCCCGGACUUUAACGAGCAUUACGGAAUUAUACAUGGCGAACAACACCUCAAAAAUAAAAUUGAAAUUUGUCGCAUUCUAUCGACCAAAAAUCUCGAUCUUUUGCCCGAGUAUAAAAAAAAGGUAGACGUACUUAAAAAGUUGGACUACAUAUCCGAAAUUCAUGGUAUCAAUUUGAAAGGGCGAGCCGCGUGCGAGAUGAAUUCGGCCGAUGAACUUAUUGUUACCGAGUUGAUAUUUGACAAUAUUCUGAAUGAAUAUGAAGCCGAGGAAAUAGUCGCAUUAUUGUCGUGUUUUGUGUUUCAGGAAAGGAAAAGUUCCGAAAAGAAAGAACGUGAGAUCACAUUAACUCCAAAUUUAGAAGAGGGGAUGAGGAUUAUAAAAAAAUAUGUCGAAAAGAUUGUUGCUGUCCAGCGUCAAUGUGGAAUUCAUAUCAAUGAAUCGGAACAUUAUGGUAAGCCGGAAGAUGAUGAGAAUGAUGGUGGGUUAAAUUUUGGACUCGUCGAAGUCGUGUAUGAAUGGGCUAAAGGAAUGGUAAACGACAGUUUGAUAUCAGUCUUCAAGAUAUUCGAUAAAUCUGAAAAUCAUAAACAUUUAUAUACAGCCCUUCAAGGAGGCGGAGAACAAAAGUAUCCAACCCCACAAAGCGGUAGUAUCAGGAUCAAGCUGAGAAUUUCGGGUGUUCCUUCUCAGUCAAGCAUUCAUCAAAAUUUCUUUAAUAGCCCAUUCGUUCACGCCUUUCUUGAGGUAUGCGAUAUGUUUCUGAGUGUUCAGAAAAUAGGCGGAGUCGUUGAACGUGAAUAUGGCGGAACAUCGUUAACCAUAUCUAUGCAGGACGGACCAGAGGCCGGUCAGACGGUAACUUCACAGCUGAUGGUUGACGUUCCUCAUUGUCACGUGCAUAUAAUUCCGCGAAAAGUCGGGGAUUACGCGAACAAUGACGAUAUUUACAAAGAUAUUGACAAAUCGAAAAAGGUGGAUAACGAAGAAAGACCACCCCGAAGUUUAGAAGAAAUGGCCAAAGAGGCCUCAUUUCUCCGACAAUUUUUUGAGGCAAACCAUUCAUAA